AUGGGGCAACCCGCCGAGGCUGAAGACAAUGGUGACGCCCAUGUUGCGUUGGCCGUUAGAGGCGGCUUAACCAGAGAUGCAUUCAGAAACGACGACGAUGACGACCAACAAGUGCACAUACACGAGUCUGCAGAUGAAGAUUUUAAUUCAUUAAUGGCUUCGUCCAUGGUGGCUACGCUCCUCAACUCCGCCUCUAGUCCCGUCUCUCCGGGUCAAUCCAGUCCUCCCCUUGACCAGACCAAGAAUUCGACCUUUGUUCCACCGGCGAGACCAAGUAGCACGCCGUUCCCUCUUCCCGAUAACCGCAGCACUCGUGUGUGCUGUCUCGACGAGUCUGACUAUGGCACCGACGUUGAAAUGUUCAACGAGUCAUCAUCGUCCGCGAGCGAAGAUGCCAUGACCGAUGCCUCUCGCGCAACGCCCUUUGACGAACUGCCCACUGAGGUCCACGAAGCCAUUUUAGACCACCUCUUUGGCUACUGCAUAUCGCCAACGUCCAGCAGCGCCAUGAGAAUAUCUAGCUUGACUAAAUGCUGGAGUAGCGCUCUGAGACACUGCCGCAGGCGGGAGCUAGCUGAUUUGGCGCUGGUGAAUUCCGUCUGGAGAAUCCUAGUGCAGCAACGACUCUACCGCCACAUCAAGUUAAAAGCUACUGUCGAAUCCAUCGAUAAUGCCAUCGUGCACCUCGCCGACAAACCGCACUUGUCUUGCCACAUCAAGCACGUUGAAGUGUGGUUCCCCGUGUUUCAGCCAACUUUUGGCCCCCUUGCUCUAUCAAAUACGCUGGCGCUUCCGACCGUGACGACUGACGGGCUCACCAAUGCAACUUACACCCUGCCGGCGAAUAACUGCACGUUGGAUGAAGUCUUUCGAUUUGUAUCGCUGGCAUUGCCCUGCGUGCAGGUUUUGUCGUUGGAAGGCGGCGAACGGAGAAAGGCACCCAAGGUGGUGUACUUUCGCCGAAAGGAAGAUGUUCUCUCUGGGCGCGCAUUAGAGCCUGUUCCCACCGUUCGAACUCUUGUAACCCGCGGCCAGUGGAAUUUGAUCAGAGACAGCGGCGAUUUCCACACGAUUCUUAGCGCUCUCCCGAAUCUAAAAGAGUGGCAAGCUUCAUACAGCAAACCCAAGUCUAAAAGCUACAUUACCGUCUCCGAAUUUGUACCAUCACUCCCCAUUCGCGUCACGAAUUUGAGUCUCUGUCUCGAAAACGACUAUCGACGAGAGGGCGUCAUGCCUGCAUUUUACGCCAAGGUAGCGAUGAAGACGCACAUCUGCUCCCGGAUGGCUGAAGUCACGUCUCGGCUGGAGCAUUUUUCGUACACUGGCCGCAUAUGUCAUCGAUUCUUUGACAUGGCCAGCCGACUUGCGAAUCCCAUGACGACAAGGUUGAGGUCGAUUGACUUGACUGUUAAGAAUUGCUGCCGCCAUUCCAGUAGUUACCACGAAUCCGGGUCUGGGAUCCAGGAGUUGGGCUUCAUAGAAGCCUUUGAACGGUUGGUGAUGUCCGCGGUGAGGUCAUUGGAAAAGUUUAAGGAGGUUCAGUACCUCCGGAUUCGCUUCGUUGAUCUAGAUUCCAUCUUGCCGCCACUGAACCCGUACUUCCUUAUGGUAAAAGGGGAGUGUUCGGGCGUCUGGAGCGACGUCAUCGUGGCGGAGAUGGCACGGGUCAGACCGCGAGUCAAUUUCACAGAGCUUUGCGAAAACUUUGGCAACAUUUCGUACAGCAAAGACGGCAGAAUGGUGAUAAUGCCCGAGUAUCCUCGAACGCGAAUAUCGUCGUUGAAGCUUUCCAAUUACCGAUCACUCGCCACACGAAUAACCAUUCAAUGA